CAUGGACUGAGUCCGGGUGUCUCUCGUGUUUGAUUCCGGCGGGCCGAGGCGUUGCGGCGCGCCGCUGCGCUUCUCCGCUGCGUUCCGGGGGCUCCGCGCGCAGGCCGAGCGUUUUGGGGGAGAAAACAUGACGUCGCCGGCCAAAUUCAAAAAGGAUAAGGAGAUCAUAGCCGAAUAUGACACUCAAGUGAAAGAGAUCCGCGCCCAGCUGGUGGAGCAGCUGAAAUGCCUCGACCAGCAGUGUGAGCUUCGCGUGCAGCUGCUGCAGGACCUGCAGGAUUUCUUCCGCAAGAAGGCCGAGAUCGAGAUGGAUUACUCGAGGAAUUUGGAGAAGCUGGCUGAGAGAUUCCUCGCCAAGACUAGGAGCACCAAGGACCAGCAAUUCAAGAAGGAUCAGAACGUGCUCUCACCAGUCAACUGCUGGAAUCUGCUGCUAAACCAAGUGAAGCGGGAGAGCAGGGAUCACACCACCCUAAGCGAUAUCUAUCUCAACAACAUCAUCCCGCGCUUUGUCCAGGUCAGCGAAGAUUCUGGGCGCCUGUUCAAGAAGAGCAAGGAAGUGGGACUGCAGCUCCAGGAAGACUUGAUGAAGGUCCUCAAUGAACUCUAUACGGUGAUGAAAACCUACCACAUGUACAAUGCGGACAGCAUCAGCGCUCAGAGCAAGCUGAAGGAGGCAGAGAAGCAGGAAGAGAAACAGAUUGGGAAGUCAGUGAAACAAGAGGACAAGCAGACCCCGCGCUCCCCCGACUCCACUUCCAAUGUCAAGUUCGAGGAGAAACACGUUCGACGAAGCUCCGUGAAGAAAAUCGAGAAAAUGAAGGAGAAGCGCCAAGCUAAGUACACAGAAAAUAGACUGAAGGCAAUUAAGGCAAGAAACGAGUAUCUGCUGGCUCUGGAAGCCACCAACGCAUCUGUAUUCAAGUAUUACAUUCAUGACCUGUCUGAUCUCAUUGAUCAGUGUUGUGACCUGGGAUACCACGCCAGCCUCAACAGAGCGCUGAGGACAUUCCUGUCCGCGGAGCUGAACCUGGAGCAGUCGAAGCACGAGGGUCUGGAUGCCAUUGAAAACGCCGUGGAGAACCUGGACGCCAACAGCGACAAACAGCGGCUCAUGGAGAUGUACAACAAUGUCUUCUGCCCGCCCAUGAAGUUCGAGUUCCAGCCCCAUAUGGGUGAUAUGGAAUCACAGCUCUGUGCCCAGCAGCCAGUGCAGAGUGAACUAGUGCAGAGGUGCCAGCAGCUGCAGUCCAGAUUAUCUACGCUGAAGAUUGAAAAUGAAGAGGUUAAGAAGACCAUGGAAGCCACGCUCCAGACUAUCCAGGAUAUCGUCACGAUAGAGGACUUUGAUGUCUCUGACUGCUUCCAGUACAGCAACUCGAUGGAGUCUGUUAAAUCCACCGUCUCCGAAACGUUCAUGAGCAAACCGAGCAUCGCCAAGAGACGUGCCAACCAGCAGGAGACCGAGCAGUUCUACUUCACGAAAAUGAAGGAGUACCUGGAAGGCAGGAACCUGAUAACGAAGCUCCAAGCCAAGCACGACCUGCUGCAGAAGACCUUGGGAGAAAGUCAGAGGACUGACUGCUCCCUUGCCAGUGGCAGGCGCAGCUCCACUAUAAGGAAGCAGGACUCCAACCAAGCCAUUCCGCUGGUAGUGGAGAGCUGCAUACGGUUCAUUAGCCGACACGGGCUGCAGCAUGAAGGAAUAUUCAGAGUGUCUGGGUCACAAGUUGAAGUGAACGAUAUAAAAAAUGCAUUUGAGAGAGGGGAGGAUCCAUUGGCAGGGGACCAGAAUGACCAUGACAUGGAUUCAAUAGCAGGUGUCUUGAAGCUCUAUUUUCGAGGACUGGAGCACCCGCUCUUCCCUAAGGAGAUCUUUCAUGAUCUGAUUGCCUGUGUCACAAUGGAUAAUUUGCAAGAGAGAGCGCUGCACAUCCGGAAGGUCCUGCUGAACUUGCCCAAGACCACUCUGAUUGUAAUGAGAUACCUCUUUGCAUUCCUCAAUCAUUUAUCUCAGUUUAGUGAAGAGAAUAUGAUGGAUCCCUACAAUCUGGCCAUCUGCUUCGGGCCAACGUUGAUGUCCGUGCCUGAAGGUCACGAUCAAGUGUCUUGCCAGGCUCAUGUCAAUGAGUUGAUCAAAACCAUCAUCAUCCAACACGAGAACAUCUUCCCAGGACCAAGGGAGCUGGAGGGUCCGGUCUAUAGCAGAGGUGGAAGCACUGAGGAUUACUGUGAAAGUCCCCAUGGGGAGAGGGCCUCCACGGAAGACUCUGUUCAGGACGUCACAGCUGAGCACCACACCAGCGAUGACGAGUGCGAGCCCAUAGAAGCGAUAGCCAAGUUCGACUACGUGGGCAGGACCGCCCGGGAGCUGUCCUUCAAGAAGGGAGCUUCUCUCUUGCUCUACCAGCGGGCCUCCGACGACUGGUGGGAGGGACGCCACAACGGCAUCGACGGCCUCAUUCCCCAUCAGUACAUCGUCGUUCAAGACACUGAGGAUGGCAUCUCAGAAAGAUCCAGCCCGAAGUCUGAAAUAGAAAUAAAUUCUGAGCCACCAGAAGAAAAAGUGACAGCCAGAGCUGGUGCCGGUUGUCCAAGUGGGGGUCACGUCGCAGAUAUUUACCUUGCAAACAUCAACAAGCAAAGAAAGAAACCAGAGUCAGGCAGCAUCAGAAGAGCCUUUCGUCAAAGUGACAGCCACGGGCUAGGUAGUUCACUGGCAGAACCAGCCUCCCCAGGAGCCAUAGCGGGUUCCAGACCCUCAUCUCAGCCCAUUUUGAGCCAAAGUCUUCCCAAGGAGGUUCCAGAUAAAUGUUCCAUCAGUGGCCACGGCAGCCUCAAUUCUAUCAGCCGACACUCGUCGCUGAAGAACAGGAUAGAGAGCCCGCAGAUCCGGAAAACUGUGACGGCAGGAAGGUCAAAGAGCUUCAACAACCACCGGCCUAUGGACCCUGAAGUUAUUGCACAGGACAUUGAGGCCACCAUGAACUCUGCUCUGAACGAGCUGCGGGAGCUGGAGCGGCAGAGCAGCGUCAAGCACACGCCGGACGUCGUCCUCGACACCCUGGAGCCGCUCAAAACCUCCCCGGUGGUGGCUCCCACCUCGGAGCCCUCCAGCCCCCUGCACGCCCAGAUCCUCAAGGACACUGAGCCCCCCUUCCAGCGCAGCGCCAGCACCGCCGGCGACAUCCCGUGCACCUUCAGGCCAGUGAAGUCGGUCAAAAUGGCCACGCAGGUCAAGCCUCCAGCAACGAGGCCAAAACCUACAGUUUUCCCCAAAACUAGCGCCACGAGCCCGGGUGUUGCGUCCUCAGCGUCUCAGCAGCCUGCUGACAAGUCCUGUACUGUCUGAUGAACUCGAUGCUGCACUGUGGAUAUAGCUGUGCUGUUUCAGAUGAAGAGACUAUAUCGAAGAGACAGUCAAAAACCUUAUUUAACUCAUUUUUGAACUUCUGCUGAAGGUCAGUUGUGAACUGCUGCUUCCUGCUAGGAACGCUUCCUGGGAGUGAGAUAUUGGGAACUAAGCCUCGCCCCACGUAGCCACAUCAGUGACGUUCGUAAGGCAGAACAGGACACGCCACGCUUGGCAAGUCCACCCUCGGGUCACUGUGAAGCUGAGGAGGCAAACACAGCGUGAUGAGUUGGAUCGUGGUUUCUAGUUGAUGCCUUGUCCAAGUGUUUGGCCGCUGAAACACAUUCAGCGGUGUCAUGUUUUGAAUACUGGUGUAGUAACUUAUAUAUUCUGUGUUUCAUUUAUCACAGGGAAACAAUAGAAUAGAUUUUAGUCUACUGCAUGUUUUGGUGCCACUAGCUAGGUGGAGCUUGGACAUGCCUGUUUCUUGUGCAUUAUUUCGUUGCCCACUGGUGCCACUGUGCUUAAGGUCUGUCUCAAUUCUAGGACAUCCCCUGCUUUUGGUUUUUGCUCCCCAAUCCUUGCCCAAGGGCCCAAGCUCUCAGCCCCCUCCUCUAGUCGACACUUGUCACGACAAAUAGUUUACUCUGCAACACUUAGAUUUUAUGGAGUUCUCUGUAAUACGUGUCCGUGCAGAUACAAAUGUGCUCCUGGGGGUGAGGAGCAUAAGAAAGAGCCCAGUUGUUGCUUAUGGACAAUCUAGCUGUCUUUCCCUCUUUUGCCCUCCCUUGUUUGAAAACAGCCUUGGUUUUCAGUGUAAUUUUCAGCCCGCAGGCUGUCCUGUGCUGUAUGCUCUUGGGAGACUGAAUGUAAAACCAGUUGGACUUUUGCAAACGAGCCAGUGUGCUCCUGCAGGAGUGCCCUGAGUAACGCACACGUCCUUGCUUUGCCCAUGCAAAACCCCCGGCACGAGCCCUGCAAAGCUUCAACCCAAGCUCUCAAGUUUUGCACCCUCGCCCGGGGUCUGGCCGCGAAUGCUUUGCUCGGUGGCUGUGACCCCUGCGAGCUGCUCUGGGCCCCGCUCCGCCAGAGCGGCCCCGAGGCCGCGGCCGCCUCCACCCUGCCCUGCCCGGGAGCUGCCGACCUCGGAGGGGAUUCUUCGUACCUCUGUUUAUACGGUAGGCAGCAGGUGCUUCAGCCGCUCGCAGGACUCUUUUCUAGCCACGGAGAGUUUGCAGAACGCUAACAACUCCUCGAUUAUUUAAUUUCUAAAAGGCAUGUGCCGCUGCAAGCAGGAACGAAGAUCUUGCAGUCCCGCAGGAGAGGAAGCUUCUGGCUAGCCCGGAGUUCCCAAGCUCUGAGGGACUUAAAUAGUUGCACGUCUUAGGUGUUCGUCACAUAAAUUCAGGCAAAGAUAAGCUAUUUUCCUCUUUUUUAGGUGAGUUUCUUUUAAAUUUGUGGGGUUCUCCCACUUGGCUUCCUUGUGAGUGUAAUGCCAUUAUAAUGGGCACUUAGUAAUUAAAGAAGCAAAAAAAAAAAAAAAAUGCAUUAUUAAGAACAACUUUUCCAUGAACAUACUUUCCUGACUUAUUUUAAGGAUGUUACGUGGGUUUUGUUCUUCCUGUGUCCCUCUACCCCCUUUCUGCAAAAGAAGCAUAUCCAAGUGAGUGACUUAAAAAGACCAACUUCUCUGUGCCCUGAAUUAAGAGCGUAUGGAAAAAAAUGCGGACACCAAAAGAAAGGGAAUGGAAGGAUUUUGGGGAGGCCGUUUCCAUUGUUGGUUUUUCCAGAGCGGAUCCGUAGCCGCAGCUCUGCGGGAAGUGCGUGGCUCCGGCCGGGUCUCGCCCCGUGCAGCUCUUGGGAAGAUCCCACCAGUUUGACCAGCGAACUUUGCUCUCAGGUUCUGACAGACUCCACCACCACGGAAUCUCUCGUACUUUUGGGGAAACAGAAUUCAAACAAACUGGUAAUUUUUCGCUCAGGCAGAACUCUCUGGCAUUUCCUUUAGGUAGGGAUAUCUCCUUGUUGUUGUUUCGUUUGUGUUGGGUCGCGAAUGGCCAAUGUGAAUCCGUGUCAAGAGCA